AUGCGGGCACAUCAAACGGUGCAACGCGUGAAAUCAUCGCAAUAUCGAUUUCGAGCGAGAGCCAAGCCCUUCACCCUCCACUGUUCUCUUCUUCUCCUUGUUCUUUGUUAUGCUUUUGCUGGUGGAAUGAUCUUCAAUCGAUUGGAAGCUGAUGCAUUAAAAGAACAUCAAGACAAGGAGCUAAUGACAAAGAUUGAUUGCAUCAAAAAGAAACUCUCGCUGAUCGAGCAUCUUCCUCAUAAAGACAAGCGAGCGAUCAACGCAACUGCUUAUCGAUUAUCGCCUUGUUUCACCCCGGAGAAAGAUGAGCGCUCGGAGUGGAGUUUUGUGACGGCCACUUUGUAUGGAUUUGGAAUUGUGACGACUUUGGGCUACAAUCGAAUAGCCCCAAUCACUCAAGCGGGUCGAAUUUUCUGCAUCGCUUACGGGAUUUGCGGGAUUCCGAUUACGAUGAUCAUCAUCGCUAAUGUCGGUCAAUAUCUCAAUCAAUUUGCCGGUGAUUCAAGAAGAAUGCUCGAAGAGUAUCGACAACGGCGCAGAAUGUCAAAGGCUUCGUUGAGUGGUGAAGAAUAUAAAGAAUCUUCAAUUCAAGUGACCUCGCUAGUUCUGUUAAUUGUCUUCUUGUUAUAUGUGGCUCUUGGAGCUCUGUUGUUGCCAGCUUUGAAUGGCCAGGUCGAUUUCCUAAACGGGCUUUACUACAAUUUUCUGUGUUUGACCGCGAUCGAUUUCGGGCAACUCGUCCCAUCAAAAGUGGUAUUUCUCCCAAUCACUUUCCUCUACGUUUGUCUAGGACUUGCUAUCACAACCAUUGCUAUUGAUAUUGGCUCGGAGUACAUGAAAAAGUUGCAUUAUCUUGGGAAAAAGAUGAAAGACGCCGCGCAGACAAAGAUCUGGUUUGGUGGAAAGGCAAUGAAAGUGAAAGAUUUGCUGCACGCGGUCGGCAAAAAAUGUGGCAUCGAUCCGUCAGCGAUCGAUGCUUUGGAUUUGGAGAAUGUUGUUGAGCGAACUAUUGCUAUUGCGGAAGGCAAAGAACCACCACCGGAUAUUAAUGAGGAUGAGGAGGAGCCACCAAUUGAGCCAGAACCGAGAAGUGAACCAAUGAGUCCUGAGAGUCCAGAGCAAGAAGAAGCCCCGCUAUUGACGAAUCAAACGACUCCAAAGAAAACACCAAAGACUUCAAUAUGUAGCCAAGCUCCUUCACUGAUCGAACCGGAUCUGAUAAUCCGAAAUCCGACAUUUCAAUCUCUAUCGAACGAUUUGUAUAUUUGUUCUCCUGUAGAAGAGACUCAACCCUCUUUUCCCGAAUCGAUUCGCUUAGAAAUGCCGGAGGAUUUCGAUGAUGACGGAGAGCUUGAAGAGGAUAAUCACAAUAUUCAGAUAAUGAAACCGCCGGAUAUCAUGGAUGAAGUUGAAUUGCAACAUGUGACAAUCGAAAUCCCAGAUGAAGAGCCGAAACGGCGACGGAGUCGAGUGAGGGAAAGUUUUGAUGAAGAUAGAGUUCCCCGAAAGUUCCGCGAAAAAAAACUCGUUUAUGCGACCGAUGCGAAGAAGUUGUACGAAACAUAUCAAGAGGAAUGGGGACGACUCGAGCGAUUGUCGGCUCGCCUUGGUCCCCGUAGAAAGUCAGUGUUGGCGUUGGCCUCAUCCCCCACGAGACAGGACAGUUACAGUGGCGAUGAAGGGCCGUCAACAUCCCGUCAACCCUCACCCCAUAGAGAUAGUCGUGAUAGUGGAGAAUCGAGUAAUGUCAGCAGAAAAUCG